UGCCAAUUCCUCUAUUUUUUUUACCUUCCCUCCCUCCUACCCGUGCUCCAAAAUUACAAGUCCAUCUCAGCUAGAAAAUAUUGGUUUGCGAAAUUGAACAAAAGAAAUCCAAAAUCAGUUGGAAAACAUAAACCCUAAUCAUGCAUUUCAGUGCUUCAAUUUCAAUUACCUUCUGCCAAAUCCAACUCUAAUAGUUAUUGCAUUCGAUCUUUGAAGAUUCGACCGGGGAAGAUGAAGGACGAGGAGGAAGGUAAAGAAAAAAAGGAUCAUCCAUGGCCGUCGUCGUCGUCGUCCCCAAACAAGCCGUACCAGGAAAAAGAAGGCACGAAUCUUUGGGGCGUUUUCCUCUUCGGAUUAAUUGGCGCCACCGCCACCACGUUCGCCGUCGGUCAAUUGCGAAGAACUGUCGAUUGGGUUUACUCUCAGUUGAUCAACAGAUCAUCGCAAUCAUGGAAAGGAGGAGGAUCGGGCAAAUCAUUCCGAACAUCAUUUCAAGAAGAAGCUUGGAAAAAGUACAAUCGUAGGAUGAGAGAGGAGUACGAAGAAGAAAUGGAGAGAGUGGAACGUAUAAGGCGUAUGCAGAACGUGUUCAAUCGAGAGAGGAACAAAUACAGAAGGGGAUACGAGAGUUGGAGGGAAAAUGAUUCUGGUUCUUAUAAUCAACAUUUCCAGCGAGACGAUUGGUACUGGAAGAAGUCUGAUACUUCCUCAUCUUCUUCUUCUUCUUCGUCUUCUUCCUCCAGGGCUAGGGCUAACUACUGGGAAGCUCCUAGAGAAAAUUAUAAUGUUAGCUACUCGUUAUCACAUCACUACUCGGUGUUGGGUCUUGAUAGGUUCAGAGCAAAGCCUUACACAGAAGCUGAGAUCAAGACGGCGUUUAGGACCAAAGCAAAGGAAUUUCACCCAGAUCAGAAUCAACAAAAUAAAGACGCUGCUGAGGCCAAGUUUAAGGAGGUAAUGACUUCCUAUGAAGCCAUAAAGAACGAGAGAAAAACCAUGUAGUCUUGUAAAUUCAUUUGAUGCAUUUUGAAACAUAUGAUUGUAUUUUCAUAUAUACCACAGAUACACACAAUAAGGGCGUGUUCAAUAGCAAUUUUGAAUAAAUGUUCUCAAUUUUUAUUGCUUA